AUGGAUGACCAGCGAGGUUCUAGAUCUGCUCCCUUCUACGCGGUGCCAUCUCGUCGCCUCGUCAGCGUCGAGCACCCUGCCAUUAUCCGCAAUGUCGAUAAGGCGAUCGAGACCCUACAAGGCAACAGAGGAAUUAAAGCAAUUUUGGACCCGCAGCCGGGCAAAGAAGGCAACCCAGCUAAUUUGGUAUUGCGGCCAGAAGACGCCAUGGCUCGAUCAGUCCAGUCAACCAUCGUCCAAUCAAAUAAUGUCCUGCUCAAAAUCACUGUCCCCAAGCGGACAGGACGCAGGCGGAAGAUAGGCUCGAACGAGCCUUUUACAGAUGCACCAGAGUCAGAAGCAUCUAAGCUGCCCUCGCGACGGACCGCUAAGGACCUCCUGCGCAGUCUGAGUGAUAAUCCUUCCAAGUAUCAGAUUGAGCCAGUCGGGAGAGUUGAACGGACACAUGUGUUCCGAGGAAUACCUGAUUUCGUUUACUCUACUACAGCAAGCCCCUUUACGAACCGAUUCCGAGAUCAGAUCCUACCAUUCGACUUCGACAAAAUGAAACAAUUUGAUAUCGACAUGUCCAAAGGCGCCACCACAAAUGCAGAUAUCAUCCCACCACCAUCAUUCAGCCACGGAGACGUCCCAUUCCACUACAUGUUAGACCCACUACACCCAAAGACCAAUUCUGACCACCAGGCCACUAACCUAACCCGCAGCUACCGCCAAAACCCAACAGUGAAGCAAGCAAUCGGACGCUCGGGCGAACUAGAAACCGUGAACACCCAAACCGCCAGCAAAAUCCUUACCCACCUAGUCGCCUACGACAUUCCCGAGGUCCCAUCACAGCCACGCGCAAACAUGCUCCCAAUAAGCGCACUAGAUGCCGGCAUGCUACGAACAAUCGCGAACCUAAACGCCCUGUACGAAAAACAACCCGCCUGGACACGUCGUGGACUCCGCAACAACCUCAAAAGCGACGAAGACCGCCUGAACCUCCGCUACGCAAUUCCAUACGUAGGCUACAUCUUCCGCUCGGGACCAUGGCGCGACGCAAUCAUCAAACUGGGCGUCGACCCACGCACCUCACCAGAAUACCGCUACUACCAAACCUUCAUGUUCCGCCUCCUAGCACGGGAAGCCGAGCUAGCGCGUGACGGCGGCGGCGGACGCCGGCACAACGUCCCACGACCCAGUGACCAACGCGUGAUCGAAGAAGAAGGCUUUACCGGGCCGUCGACUGGCCAUAUCUUCACCGGCAAGCAACCAUUUGCACAAGACGGACGAAUCUGGAUGGUUGGUGAUAUUGAGGAUCCACAGCUGAAGGCCGAGUUAUUCCCCCCCGAUGCAGGACCUGGCUUCCUUCGUAGCGAGUGUGACGUCGUUACAGAUGGAUGGUUUGGGAAUGGAACACUUGCAAAGGCGAAGGCAGUAAUGAGACAUAAGAUCCAGGCAUUGAUGGAAGGACGGGAACCAGAUGAUCAGGAUUAUGUGAGGGUUUUGCGUCUUCCAGCGCAUGCGCGGUCUGAGGCUGAUUUCCCGCUUUUCACGCUUGAUCCGGAGAUUGCGACGCCGAAGGAGAUUACGCUUGCUACGGAGAUUCGGGCGAUUAUUCGGAGUUCGCCGGUUUGGAGGAAUUUGACGGCUAAUGCUGGGUUGGUUCGGAGGGAGAUUGGGGAGGGCAGGGGCAAGGUUAAGGGGAAGAUGGCUUUGAAGGGGAAGGGUGUUGAGCCGGAACCGGAGCCUGAGGCUGAAGCUGAGAAGAUUGUUGAGGAGAGUGAGGGUGAAGAGGAAGAGAUUCAGCGGAGGGAGAUGUUGGCUGCUCAGGUUGCGGAUGCUGUUGCGGCGAGGGAUGCUGAUGAAGCUGAUGAAGACGAUGAGGAUGAGAGUGAUGAUAUGGAUGAAGAUGAGGACGAGUAA